UACGCGACGGCAAAACUUCCUUCGUUUUUGUUUUUCCAUUAUUUUGUCGCGCAAAUAAUUUGUCUAGCUUCGGUCCGGCAUGAGUGAAAGUGUGCAUUUUCGGUGCGGUGCAAGUGCAGGCGUGCUGUAAGCUGGCGAAACCGGCUCGAGUUGGAUUCGCAAUCGGUGCAAAGCGCAGCCCAAUAAUCGGCGAACGACGAAAAGGGCAGCGGCUCUCCGUGAAAAAGACGGAACGGACAGGAUCUAAACACUUGUGACAGAAGAGGGAAAGCAAUGUGGAAGAACCAAGCCCACUUGUGCUUGCUGGUUGCUAGUGUAUAUUUUCUGGUUUAUCGGAUUGGUGAAAUUGACGCUGCCGGCAGUAAAGCUGAACCGCGGUACUUUCUGGCCGGCCGAAACGGCACAUUGGCGUGCAAAUUUAGCGGUGCCGAGAAUCCCAGCUGGCGCAAGAAUGGGAAAAACCUAACCGACGGCAGCAGUCCCCGAAUAACCUUCAUGAUCGUCGACAGCGAGGCGGACGUGGUAAAGCUAGCGGACGGCGAUGACGGCAAACCACCGGAGGAAUAUCAACCGGCGACGACGGUACUGCCAACGACCGACGAAGCCGGAACGACGGCAAUUUCUACCCUGACCAUACACAAUUUUACGAAAGCAGACACCGGCGAUUACACCUGCCAUGGGCAGCAGGCGGCGACGGCGGGUGCUCCGCUGGCCAGCUUCUCGGUGCGGGAAGUGACACUACCAAAGAUUACCGCCUCGAGCCCGGAACGCACCAAAACCAAACAGGAGCGACGGGUCGAGCUGUACUGUGUGAUACAAAUGUACCCACUGGAAUACUUUAACAAUUCGAUACAAUGGUUCAAAGAGGACGACACCACCGAGAAUAAUUUUAUGAGAAAUACGACUGUGCGGGCACUGAAUGGGACACACGUAAACGUAACGCUGACGAUUGCCGGGGUGAGCAAAACUCACAAUGGGACGUAUUCCUGCAAUGUUGGACCUUCGGCAAUGCUGGAUGAGAACUCCGCCACCGAUCGGAAGUCGAUGGCCCUUCUGGUGUUGGAUAAGCCCCAGGUUACGAUUGAUUACGUAAAGGCCGUUGGUGCUAACAAAAUUUAUCUUAACUGGACAGUGAAUGACGGUAACGAUGCGGUCAAGCAUUACAUGGCACAAUAUAUGAAGAAAGGCGAUUCCACCUCUACGUACUAUGCCAAUCGAAUCGAUGGCAGGAAUAGUUCUUUUGUAUUGGAGAAUUUUGACGCUGCAACGGAUUAUGAAAUUAAGUUGACUGCCCAGAAUGGGCAGGGGAGUGGACAGCCGUCGCCGGCUGUCAAAGUUCGAACGUUGGACAGUGAUCCAAGCUUCACACCGGUUGUGGAAGUGAAAGGAAAUACACACUCAACCAUUACGAUUGGGUGGGCAGCUCCUCCGGCAGAUUUACUGGAGUAUAUUCAGUACUAUGACUUGACGGUUUCAGUGGCCGGUGAGAAUUCUUCCAAAUGGGAAACUUACUACCCGCAAAAUAGUCGCAAUCUUCCGUACAUGUUCGACAAUCUGGACACUGCCACCGAGUAUAGCUUCCGAGUGCGAGCCUGCAGCGAGCUGGCCAAAGCUUGCGGAAACUGGUCGGAAGAAGUGAACGGUACCACCAGCGAUGGACUAUCAUCUGCUCCUUUGAAUAUAAACAUUAGUUGCUCACACUACAACAUAUCUCGCAGGAACACGGUCCGCGUCCACUGGGAUCCACCGAAGAAACCGAACGGAAAGGUCGUUUCCUAUCAGGUAAUUCUGGAUGGUCUGUCGCAGUAUCGCAGUGAACAUGGCAGUCUAAAAAACGAAACCUGGGGACCAAAAAUAAAGAAUGUCCAGCCGCAGUUUACGAAAACCGAGUACGAUGGAAUUCCACCAAACACGAAUUAUACGGUAAAAGUAGCAGCUGUAACACGCACAAAGCGACCCGGUGUGGUUGCCAGUGCCUCGUGCACCAUGCCGGUCACCACACCGGACAAUAUCGGUCGGUUGAUGUGGGGAAAACUGCGCACCGAAGAUAAUCGGUGGAUCUUUAAGCUUUUCCUUCCGCGCGUUUCCGAACGAAAUGGUCCCAUCUGCUGCUACAAAAUCUACCUAACACGGCUGGCGCAUAGGAAUGAGUCUCUUCCGGAACCGGAAAACCUGCUGGUGACCAGCUAUGCCGAUGUGCAUGCGAUUAAUAACACCCGUGGUGGUACGUAUCUGGCGGAGAUCUUUUCCAGUUUGAACUACAGCUCGGAAGUGUUUUUGGGUGAUGGUAAGACCAACGACUACCGGGAUUUCGGCUUGUGUCCGCAGUGUCUGCAGCGGACGAGGUUUCUUCCCACCGAGAAGCCACAGAGUGCCAUCAGCAGCAAGGACGGGAGCGAGGACGGUGCGGCUGUGCAAAAUGCGACCGGUUCACCGAGUCAGGCUCGAACCGGCAACGAAGCCGUUCCCGUCGAGGAUGAACUGAAAGUGUCCAGUCACGAGAAGCGCGAGGCGAAUGCCUUCAGCUACUACGAAAGUGGCGGCGCCAAUCAGUUUGAGUCGGUUUACGAUGGACUGCUGGACCCGAACAGCAACUACACGGGUUUUGUGGAGGUCGUAGUGAAAAGCGACGGCGAUCCGAAGGACGCCCAGUACAUCUCAGCCUUCAGCGAAUACUUCCAGGAAAUGAACGCCGGUGCCCCGCUGGCCAGCGAUCUGAGCGGGCGGGAUCUUUCCUUCAUACUGAACAUUGUUAUACAAAUUUUAUGCGGACUGAUAUUAGUAGUGUUGCUAGUUUUGCUCACACUGUGUCUGUUGCACAAACACUUUAGUAAAAAUAUUGCCCAAGAGGGUGAAGUUAUUAGCUUGGGCGAUUCGCUCCGUCGAGCUUUGUGCCACAGUCGUAACAAUAAUGCCCACCACCGCCAUCUGCUAGGAUCGAACAGUGCGAAGCCACCGGUGAUUCCUCCGAUCUCAAAAGAAGACUUGCCAAAAUCAUACUUCGAUAAGCAUAAGGAUUCCGACUACGGUUUUCAGCAUGAAUUCGAACUACUGCCGGAUAAGUUCGCCGAUCGGACGACAAAGAAUUCGGACCUUAAGGAGAACAUCCACAAGAACCGUUAUCCGGACAUUAAAUCGUACGAUCAAACGCGCGUGAAGCUAUCCACCCUGAAUGGUCUGUCCGGUUCGGAUUAUAUCAAUGCGAACUUCGUUAUCGGCUACAAGGAGCGAAAGAAGUUCAUCUGCGCUCAGGGUCCGAUGGACAGCACCAUUGUCGACUUCUGGCGAAUGAUCUGGGAGCAGCAUCUGGAGAUCAUUGUGAUGCUGACCAACUUGGAAGAGUACAAUAAAACGAAAUGUGCUAAAUAUUGGCCGGAAAACAUUAACGACUCUACCCAGUACGGCGAUCUGCUGAUAACGUUCGCGUCGGACAAUUUUUAUGCUGAUUAUAUUAUAAGGAAUUUAAAAGUUACUAAACGCACCGUCAAUUCAUCCGGCGAGGAAGCUGAAGAGACGCGGUACAUUUCCCAGUACCACUAUCUAACCUGGAAGGACUUUAUGGCUCCGGAGCACCCGCAGGGAAUCACCAAAUUCAUCAAACGCAUCAACUCCGAAUACUCACUACAGCGUGGCCCGAUUCUGGUUCACUGCAGCGCUGGCGUCGGCCGAACCGGGACCUUCGUGGCCCUGGACACGCUGACGCAACAGCUGAACGAAGAAGGUCAGGUGUCCAUUUUCAACACGAUUUGUGAUAUGCGAUAUCAAAGAAAUUUCCUCGUGCAGUCAUUGAAACAAUACAUAUUUUUAUACCGAGCCCUCACCGAACUAGCGUACUUUGGCGAUACGGAAAUUGACCAAAAAUCAUUAGCCACCACAGUGGAAAAUCUAAAACAGCCAUCGACUGAAAAUGCGGAAAUUUGUAAGCUGGAAGCACAGUUUCAGCGAAUAAAAUCCUUCCAGGAGGACACACGCAAGACGACCGCCAUCGGCGGUAGCGAGGAAAAUCGGGCGAAGAACCGCUCGGAAACGUGCGCCCCGUACGACAAGAACCGGGUCAUACUGGCGCCGAUUCCCGGCCAUGACAAUUGCACCUACAUCAAUGCGUCGUUCAUCGACGGGUACGACGACGAGAACAACUUCAUCGUCACGCAGGAUCCGAUGGAGAACACCAUCUUCGACUUUUGGCGGAUGAUCUUCGAGCAGCGGAUAAAGACGAUUGUGAUGUUCUCGGAGAUCGGUGAUGGACCGAACAAGUGUCCACGGUACUGGGCGGACGACGAGAUGCAGUACGAGAACCUGCUGGUUACGUACAUCCAGAGCGAGAGCGGGCCGUACUACACGAAGCGAGAGUUCACGGUGAUGAACUGCAAAUCGAAAGACACCAUCCAGGUGACGCAGUUCCAGUACAACGGGUGGCCAACGGUGGAGGGUGAGGUGCCGGAGGUUACCCGAGGUAUGAUCGAAAUAGUCAACCAAGCGCAGAAGCACAGCUCCCAGCAGGAGGACAUAUUUACGAUUGCAGUUCACUGCAGCUUGGGAACGGACAAAAGCUCCCUAUUUGUUGCCAUGUGCAUACUAGUUAUGCAACUCAAAACUGAAAAACGCAUCGACAUCUGCUCGGUGGUAAGAAAGCUUCGAGCACAACGUAGUUUAAUGAUUGAAACAUAUGCACAAUAUGAGUUUCUGCAUAGGGCUAUUGUAAAUUUCGCCGAUUUAUACAAAAUCUCGUUAGGCAUAGCUUCCGAUUGUUGAUAAGUUUCGACUGAAAGUGAUAAACAACCAGCAACAGCCGCAGCAAACCAAUAGCCACACAUCAUCAGCAGUAGAACAGAAUGAAAACAUAAACUAAAGAGACGUAAACCGUGUGAUCCUAAAUUAUCAACAUACCUAUGUGGAGAACUGAAACUCAAUCCUAUCAUAAAAAAACUAUCAGACAAGCACUACACCUAUACAACAUACAAAACAUCUUCUACACACAGAUAAUUUUGCUAGCGAAUGCGGUCAUUCACUCUCCGGGCAGGAGAGGGAUGAGUGGCGGCACCAAACAGCAAGCGCCGCUUCCGUGCGCUUCGAGUAUGCUUCAAUUGUAUAUGUAAUAAUUUUUAGCUUCUUUUAAGUCAAAACCAGUUCUAGUGCAUGAGUUAUAUUAGAUCCCCGCGAACUAAUAAUGUAAGAAGACAUUAAGCUAAACGAAUCAAUCGUCGGAAAGGACGCUGAGAUUAGUCUAUUCUAAUAAAACCUAGUGAAGAUGCAAGAGACGGAAGAGUAGGGUCCGCACGAGAGAGGGCAAUCAUUAAGGAUGGAGAGAUUUGUUAUAUUAAAGCAUGACUAAUUUUAUAACAUUUCACCACAACCGCAACAGCUAUAUUAUUUUAGCCGGCACAGGAAAUAAGAUAUACCUCUUCCCGACUUGUUUCGCUGACAAUGUAACGAACAAAUUGCCAUGUUUAGCUGUAGAGAAACGGAACGUGAAACAUGAACAAAACUACCGCAUCAUAACAAGUAAAAUAGUUGAUUUCAUUAUCGCAGAAAAAACGACAGUCACUACACACACACUACUAUAUAGGAAGUCGAAGCAGGUACUUUUUAUACUACCGUAGGAAGUAGAGAAAGGAAAAAGCCGCGCAUCCUCCGUAGCAGUUAGCAAAGGAAAACACAACAAGACUAAAUAGCAGGACAAAAGACGAAUAAUGAAGAGAGCAAACCAACAGCAACAACAAAAGCGUGUGAUCAAAAUGUAGAAAGGCAGAAAAAUAAGCAAAAAGGUGGCGAAUGUUAGGAGCUAUAUAAUAAAAAUAAUAAUAAUAUUAAUAAUAAUAAAAUAUACUAGUUAUUUUUCAUGUUGAAAAAUGCAACCAGAGAGCAGAAAGCAGAGCCCAAUCUCGAAAAUGCAGAAAAAGGAUGAGAGAAAAUCGAGCGGACGCGCGAGCGAGCGAGCGAAUGUGAGCAAAGAAGAGAAAGAUGAGAAAAAAACGAAACAAUAUGACACUCGUAAACAUAAGGCAGAAGAUGCAAAAUAUACCUCUAUCUGUGUGUAAAAGUCAAUAACUAUUAAGGUAAUCUGUACCAGUAUGAUAUUUCUAUGAGUAACAACAAAAUAAAACAAAACAAAAUGAAACGAAACAAAGCAACAACAGAUCAGCAACAUCAACAGCAACAGCUUAACAGGAAGAACUAUAAUAGUGAACAACCGGACACCCGGACGCGGAGCCCGCAUGAUGGAAACAUGGACAGUUUGUACUGAUAUGAAACGCUACAAUUUACUGCACUAAUACCUAAUGUUUGUAUUUACCAACAACAACAACAACAGAACUGCUGCUGCUGCGAGAAAGAGAGAGAGAGUUAAAAAAACUAGCAAACACUGCAGCAUGACAGUUGAUAAGUUAUCAGAGAAAACUUGUGUAUAAAACGAAUCGGGAUCGAACUUUCGACUUUU